ACUACGCAACGCAUGGCUUGUAAAGCUUCGAAUGGGCAAGGAACCAAGCUCCUACGCACGUGUGUGCAGCAAGCACUUCCGCGAAGAAGACUUCGUGUACGGAGUGGGUGCGCGAAUGUUCGGGUGGAAAAAGCGCUGCCUUGAAGCCGGAGCUGUGCCGUCGAAGAAUUUACCGGUGCGCCCGUUGGAUCGCCCGGGUACUGAGCGUCGCCAAAUCCGGAAGGAACAGAGUGUUGCAGCAGACGUGCCAUUGGCAACAGUACAUCCCACCCCCAAGCCCCCUGCAGAUACUCUAGACAUCCAGGCACAAUCAUCUGAAUAUGAGAUUCAGCAGAGCUUGGGCACAUCCGCCUUCAGUAACCACGAAGAUGUUAACAAUGAAGAUGGCCUGGAAGGUUAGUUUGAUAGUCCU